AUGUUCGUCUUUCAACUUGUACUCUCGAGUUCUCAUGUAUUUACAUGUUCACAUGAGAUUUUUCAGAAGCAAACCCUUAGGGAGCUUACCGAGCCUCUCGAAAGAAAAACAAUGGAAGUUUCAACAGAUGAAGGCUUAAAUGAAUCCAUUAGAAUCAAAUUUGAUAUGUCUUCCAUUGAUCAUGCAUCUCUUGAUCCAUCACAAUGCACUUCUGUUACUGGCACAUGUACAUCUAAUGAUAUUCUUACUGAUGCUAAAAGAACAACAAUUAAAGAAACUUUCUAUACAGUAAAAGAAUUCUUAGAAAGUAAUAUUAACAUUACUCGCAAUCCUAAUGAUGAAUAUGACCUAACAAUUUCGGUCUACGCUCAGCCAUUCGGAUCAAGUUCCUCUGGUCUUGCAUAUGCAUCAUCAUUAGCCUAUAAUGGUGUCAAUGGGCGCCCAUCUCAAGGAAAAAUUGUUGUUAACCCCGCAAAAUUGCCUGAUAAGCCCGAAACCUUUCAAUCAGGUGAUAGACAAUUCAUCAUGACUGUUUUGCAUGAACUCAAUCAUGUUUUAUCAUUUUCUUCAUCACUUUUCAAUAAAUGGAUUACUAAUGUAACUGCACUUCAUUAUACAGAUGCCUAUGGCAAGGAAAUUAAUGAAUCAGCUUAUAACUCAUACACAGGUUACUUAAUUCCCCAUAAAUAUCUACAAACUCCACAUCUUUUAGCAUUUGUCAAUGACAGAUUCCAUGUAUCAUCUCCACAGUAUAUGCAUCUUGGUUUAGAAAUCGAAGAUGGUGGUGGAUCUGGUACAGCUGGUUCCCAUCCAAAUGAACGUUUAUUUUUCACUGAUUUAAUGCAAGGAAGAACAUAUGGUCCUGGUUGGAUUAGUGGCAUAUUCUACAAUACAUUAUGGGAUACUGGUUGGUAUGCUCCAUCUACAAAUGUUACCGAAGAAUUAAUUUAUUUAAAUGAUUACAUUAAUACAAAGAUCGAAGUUACAGAAAAGGUUCUUUUACAACCACCAACAAAAUCAUUCCCUGCUACAUAUCUUUGUCAGUCAACUGCUUUACAAGCUUGUUUUUACGAUUAUACUUUUACAGGGGCUUGUUCAUUGAAAUCCACCAGCGAAGUAGAUUUUGAGGGCCAUGAAGGUUGGUAUAAUCCAGAAAAUAAAUCAGAGGUUGGUCAAGAUGAUUUACUUGAUUACGCUCCUUUACUUCUUCCAUGGUACAGCUGCAGAACAAAUGGAUCUUCUGGCUUGCAAACAAUGAUUGAUUAUGAUUCAACAUAUGAUUACACUAAACAUGGCGAAACUUUCAAUGCAAAUUCAACUUGUGCUUUGUCAACAUUAAAUAAAGGUAUCACAGGUAACCUAAUUGCAACACCAAGAUGCUAUGAAGCUUGGUGUGGUUCGGAUAACAAGGUUAGACUUGUUGUUGAUGAUGAAGAAUACUAUUGCAAGUAUGAUGGUCAGUCUGCUAGCUUUUCUAACUAUGCUGGCACUGUUACAUGUCCACCUGCUGCUCAAGUUUGCGCAAAUAGAAAUCUUACAGAAGUAUUUGGCGUAUCCCAGUUAUUCCCCGAUCGCGGACCAAUUGAUGGACAAAAUCUAGUUGGUAUCAUGGGAUCUGGAUACUCCAAGUACAAUGCAUCUGAUGUAACAAUUACUAUUGGUACAGUUCCUUGCCAAAUUAAGAUCUAUAAAGACAAUUAUAUACUUUGUAAACUUGACACUCCAUCAACUGAUCAGCAAACUCUUAUUAAGAAGGGUACAUGGAACCUAUUGUCUUCUUCUACAACAACUAACGUUUACCGACAAUUUAUUGCAAACGUUACAACAUUCGGCGUUUUCAAGUUACCAGAUAUGUAUGUAUUCACCAAAAAGAAGUAUGCUGACUAA